CGGCGCCAGCUGAUACCAUGGGCGGCGCUCAUCAGCCCGCUACUCCGGGGCCCAGCUCGCUCUUCAUAUUCUCCGACGAAAAUCCCAUACGGAGAUAUACGAAGUUCAUCAUCGAGUGGCCGCCUUUCGAGUACGCGGUGCUGCUGACCAUCAUCGCCAACUGCGUGGUGCUGGCGCUGGAGGAGCAUUUGCCCAACGGCGACAAGACCAUCUUAGCACAGAACUUGGAAAAAACCGAGGCGUACUUUUUAGGAAUAUUUUGUGUAGAAGCCUCGUUAAAAAUAUUAGCCUUAGGUUUUGUUUUACACAGGGGAUCGUAUCUUAGGAACAUUUGGAACAUUAUGGAUUUUUUCGUUGUAGUAACUGGGUCGAUGACGAUAUUCGCCGAAUACAACGUGGACGUAGACCUGCGGAUGCUGCGCUCGUUCAGAGUGCUGAGGCCUCUGAAGCUCGUCUCGCGGAUACCAAGUCUGCAAGUUGUGUUGAAAUCCAUCAUCAAGGCGAUGGCGCCGUUGCUACAGAUCGGCCUCUUGGUGCUUUUUGCAAUCGUUAUAUUCGCCAUCAUCGGCCUCGAAUUUUAUUCCGGGGCGCUACAUAAGACUUGUUAUAGUUUAGAAGAUAUUAAUGAAAUAGUGAAUGAAGGUGAGAGUCCAACACCGUGUAAUGCCGACAACGAAACAGUGGCGCCCCCCGGGGCCAACGUUUGUGAGGCUGACAAGAGCACGUGCUUGGAGAAGUGGGAGGGUCCCAACAGGGGUAUCACGUCGUUCGAUAACAUCGGAUUCGCUAUGCUCACCGUCUUCCAAUGCAUCACAAUGGAAGGAUGGACAUCAAUCCUCUAUUGGACAAACGAUGCGUUAGGUAGUAUGUUCAACUGGAUUUACUUUGUUCCUCUCAUAGUAUUGGGUUCAUUCUUUAUGCUCAACUUAGUUCUCGGUGUUCUUAGCGGUGAAUUCUCUAACGAAAGAACACGAGUUGAGAGACGUGCUCAAUUCCAGAAGGAAAGAGCUCGCCAGAUGUUUAAUCAGGAUUUCACGGCUUAUAUCAAUUGGAUAACAGAAGCAGAGGAAGUAAUAUUAGCAGAAGAGAGAACUACGGAAGAAGAAAAAAUGCACAUAAUAGAAGCUCGGAGAAGAGCAGCAGCGAAAAAAAAGUUAAAAAACUUGGGUAAAAGUAAGAGUACAGAUACAGAAGAAGAGGAACAGGAUGAAGACUGUGGUGAUGACGUUCCAAAGAAAAAGCAAGGGUUUCUGAAAAGCAAAUCUCGUUCAGCCGGCAAAUGUGCAAACUUUUGGCGGGCUGAGAAGAGGUUUCGUUUUUGGAUCAGACACACCGUGAAGACCCAGUGGUUCUAUUGGUUCGUCAUUGUUCUGGUACUCUUCAAUACGAUAUGCGUUGCCGUCGAACAUUACGGCCAACCACCUUGGUUAACUUCGUUUUUAUACUAUGCCGAAUUUGUGUUUCUUGGGCUAUUUAUGAUGGAGAUGUGGGUAAAAAUGUAUGCCUUAGGCCCACGGAUAUAUUUCGAAUCAUCGUUUAAUCGUUUUGAUUGUGUUGUCAUAUCCGGUUCCAUUUUUGAAGUGGUAUGGUCAGAAGUUAAAGGUGGUUCUUUUGGUCUCUCCGUACUUAGAGCGUUAAGAUUGUUAAGGAUAUUUAAGGUUACAAAAUAUUGGUCGUCCCUGCGCAACCUUGUGAUAUCGCUAUUGAACUCCAUGAGAUCAAUUAUUUCAUUGCUCUUCCUUCUGUUCUUGUUCAUCCUCAUCUUUGCUCUACUCGGUAUGCAGUUAUUCGGAGGACAAUUUAACUUCGAAGAUGGCACACCACCGACCAAUUUCAAUACUUUUCCUAUCGCACUGCUUACCGUAUUCCAGAUUUUAACAGGUGAAGAUUGGAAUGAAGUAAUGUAUUACGGCAUUCAAUCUCAGGGUGGUAUACAGAAAGGCAUGAUUUAUUCUUUGUACUUCGUCAUCUUGGUGUUGUUCGGCAACUACACAUUGUUGAACGUGUUUCUCGCCAUCGCUGUCGACAAUCUGGCUAACGCCCAGGAGUUGACGGCGGCUGAAGAGGAACAAGUUGAAGAGGACAAAGAAAAACAGCUUCAAGAAUUGGAGAAAGAGAUGGGUGCAUUACACGCGGUGGAUGGAACCCCACCUCGAGUAGACAUAAGUCCCACGACAACUACAAGUAGGAAGAACAAAAAGAAAGAAGAGGCCAAAAAGGAAGAAGAAGAAAUACCAGAUGGACCAAAACCAAUGCUGCCAUAUUCGUCAAUGUUUAUUUUAUCACCCACCAAUCCAAUUAGGCGAGGCGCACACUGGGUUGUAAAUUUAAGAUAUUUUGAUGUUUUUAUCAUGUUAGUUAUAUGUAUGAGUUCAAUGGCUUUAGCAGCUGAAGAUCCCGUAGUUGAAGAAAGUGAAAGAAAUAAAAUCUUGAACUACUUCGAUUACGCGUUCACUGGUGUGUUCACGGUGGAGAUGUUGCUGAAGAUUGUCGACCUCGGCAUCCUGUUCCACCCGGGCGCGUAUCUACGCGACUUGUGGAACAUCAUGGAUGCCGCUGUCGUCAUCUGUGCUCUUGUCAGCUUCGGUUUUGAAAUCGGGGGUGUGAAAAAAGGGGCAGGACAGAAUUUGUCAACAAUCAAAUCGUUAAGAGUGUUAAGAGUGCUUAGACCAUUGAAGACUAUAAAACGUGUUCCAAAGUUAAAAGCAGUGUUUGACUGUGUCGUAAACUCUUUGAAAAAUGUCAUUAACAUUCUAAUAGUGUACAUAUUGUUUCAAUUUAUAUUCGCUGUAAUCGCAGUUCAACUUUUUAAUGGUAAAUUUUUUAACUGCAACGAUAUAAGUAAGAAUACUCUUCAAGACUGCCAAGGAUCGUAUUUCGUCUAUGAGGCGAACAGCCUUCUCCCGCGCGUAGUGAAGCGGAAGUGGGAUACUCAAUCCUUCCACUACGACAACGUAGCAACUGCGAUGCUUACGCUUUUCGCCGUACAGACUGGAGAAGGAUGGCCACAGGUGUUACAAAACUCAAUGGCGGCAACGUAUGAAGACAGGGGACCCAUACAAAAUUUUCGUAUAGAAAUGUCCAUAUUUUAUAUUGUUUACUUUGUGGUGUUUCCGUUCUUCUUUGUUAAUAUAUUCGUAGCUCUUAUAAUUAUCACAUUUCAAGAGCAGGGCGAAGCCGAAUUACAAGAUGGUGAAAUCGAUAAAAAUCAGAAAUCUUGUAUCGAUUUCACGAUAGAAGCACGUCCGCUUGAAAGGUAUAUGCCAAGUAAACGAGGGAGUUUUAAGUACAAAGUGUGGAGGAUAGUCGUCUCUACGCCAUUCGAGUACUUCAUCAUGACCCUCAUCGUCCUUAACACAUUAUUACUCAUGAUGAAGUACUAUAAUCAAAACGAUCUCUACUCGGAUAUCCUCAAGUAUUCGAAUAUGGGGUUUACUGGAAUGUUUUCCGUGGAAACUGUGUUGAAAAUCAUCGCUUACGGUGUCAAAUUUCACGAGGCUCCACCAGUACUUAUGGACACGUUAACAUUCAUGAACAUCGUCUUUACGUUCUUCUUCCUACUCGAGACAGUUUUGAAGCUCAUUGCCUUCGGAUGUACGAAUUUUUUCAAAGACCCAUGGAAUAUUUUUGAUUUCAUAACGGUCAUUGGAAGCAUCAUUGACGCUCUUAUAAUGGAGUUUGGCAGCGACCUUGCAGAAAACUGUGCUGACAUAUCCUGUCAGCAGGAGAAUACGUUCAACGUCGGUUUCCUGCGCCUGUUCCGAGCCGCGCGACUGAUCAAGCUGCUCCGACAGGGCUACACCAUACGAAUACUGUUGUGGACGUUCGUGCAGAGUUUUAAAGCCUUACCCUACGUGUGCCUUCUCAUCGCGAUGCUUUUCUUCAUAUACGCUAUUAUUGGAAUGCAGGUGUUCGGUAAUAUAGAAAAUGCGCCGGAAACAGCUAUGAAUAGACAUAACAACUUUCAAAGCUUUAUACAGGCCCUUAUGUUAUUAUUCAGAUGUGCAACGGGAGAGUCGUGGCCCAACAUUAUGUUGGAUUGUUUGAAGCCUGCUAAAUGUGAUGAAAAAGCCGGCAAGCCGCCACAGGAGGAGUGUGGCAGCACUCUCGCCUAUGCAUAUUUCGUUUCUUUUAUAUUCUUCUGUUCUUUUCUUAUGUUAAAUUUGUUCGUUGCCGUAAUUAUGGAUAACUUUGACUAUUUAACAAGAGACUCGUCUAUAUUAGGAGCUCAUCAUCUUGAUGAAUUUGUUAGAAUAUGGGCCGAAUACGACCCAAACGCCACAGGGAAGAUCCAUUACACAGAAAUGUAUGAUAUGUUGAAGAAUAUGGAUCCGCCAUUGGGGUUUGGAAACAAAUGUCCAAAUAGGUUAGCGUAUAAAAAAUUAAUACGAAUGAACAUGCCGCUAGAUGAAGAGGGGAAAGUGAAUUUUACAACAACGCUUUUUGCCUUAAUAAGAGAAAAUCUAAGUAUUAAAAUGAGAUCUGCUGAAGAAAUGGAUCAAGCGGACCAGGAACUAAGACAAACGAUAACACAGAUUUGGCCCCUCCAAGCGAAGAAGAUGUUAGAUUUGCUGGUGCCUCGCAACGAUGUUCUAAACGCUGGGAAACUGACCGUGGGGAAGAUCUACGCUGGUUUGCUCAUUCUAGAGAGCUGGAGGUCAACUAGGUUUGGUCAGACAGAGCCGCAAGGUGUUCCGGCAUUCAGCGAGAAUAGCCCUACGGCCAAUCAGCCGAAGGCGUCCUUCUUUAACUGCCUGCUGGACGUGGCCGCGGGACUGGGGCCGGGAUCGCGUACAGGCUCCCUCAGUCAAGAAGGACCCCUCAUUACCACCGCCGAGAGUCACCCAGAAGAUCCUCACACUUUAGCCAACUUCGCAAGGCGCAGCACUAGAAGAUCUUUCAAGAACAAUAAAAAGGUGUUGGAAUUACAAGAUGUUGGAUCGCAUCAUGCGUCUAUGGAAUCUUUAGACGAAGCAAGGUUACAACCGCCACAUGCUUACCAAAAUGGACACCACGGGAGAUCGUCAAGUCUGAGACGGACUCCGAGCCCACGGAGACGUGGCCAUUACGGGGGCUAUCAUCACGAUAUCGGUUUCUCCGACACUGUUAAUAACGUCGUCGAGAUUGUCAAGCAUGAACACCAAAGACACGGCCGGACGCACCGACCACCGCACCACUAUCAUCCUCAUGGGAAGGAGUGGAGGCCGCCGCACCCUACAACCAGCCUGAGCCUGCCCUCGCGGUCUCCCAGCCCGCCACACCACACCUACGUUUGGGCACCCAUAGUUGGAGAUCGUGAGCGAGAUCGGGAGCGGGAGCGGGAAAGGGAGUGGCGUGAGUGGCGCGAGCGGUCGUGGGAGCGCGAGGGCACGCGCCGCGGCCGGGGCCGCCAGCUGCCGCCCACGCCCACCAAGCCGUCCACGCUACAGGUCAAACAGCAACCCUUCACAAGAAUCAGCCACAGUCCAUCUCACUUAUCGUUGAGGCAUACAGUCAGAGAACCUGUAGAGCCUCUACACGAUGAGUAUGAGUAUGGUCGAGAAGUUGAAAGACUGAUACACCGAGAUUAUAGAUCUAGGGAAAGACGUGGCAGGGGCUACGACUCAGAGCGAGGGAGAGUUUACGAAGCGCCGCUGUCAUACGAGGCGGCGUUGGCGAUGGGCCGCGGCGCGGGGCCGCGGGCGCUGCCCUCGCCGGUGCCGGCGCCGCGGCUGCCCAACGGGUACAAGCCGCGUGCUCGCCAUUCCGACUCGGACGAGGAUGACUGGUGCUAG